AUGAUGAUGACUGGCCGUGUGCUGCUGGUGUGUGCCCUCUGCGUGCUGUGGUGCGGUCUUUCUGGAAUUGCGGCCGACGGCGCUGGCGGUGCCGAUGGCAGUGCGGUUGAGUAUUCGAUCGCGGGACGGCGCUCUCAGCUGCGGAGGGGUUGCGCGGAGGAGGUCAGCAGAAGGACAGGCGGUGCAAAUGCGUCCGCCGUGGAGGAAUGUGUGCGUGAGGGAAUGGACGGUGUGCGUGCCGUUGUGGAUGGUCGUCGUCGUUGGAGGCGCCAACAGUUUGCCGUGGCUGCUGCUGCUGAUGUUGAUUCCGAUGAUAAAAGUGGCGAAGGCGGCAAUGACAAAUUGAAGGGAUUAUCUUCUUCAGACCAGAGGUUGCAAGCGGGACAAGAUCCAGACGAAGGACAGGAACCUAAAAAUUCACUGGAAGAGAAGAAAACGUUGGAAACAAGCAGGGAUUUAAAAAUAACAGGUGAACAGAAUGUGAGUACAGAUGACGAUCGUCCUAAACAAACUGGGAGUCAAGAGUCAACAGGCGGCCUGCCAAAAGGUGAGAAAGACACGAGAAGUCCCCAACCGCCACAACCACCACCUCCAGCAGAAUCACUGCAACCACCACCACGACAACCAUCACCAGGAACAAACACAUUACACUCAGAAGAAACACAUCUACCAAUUCGAGUCGAAAAACAUUCAAGGCCACAAGACGGAGGUCCCGCACAAGAAACGGGGAUGCUCCAAACGAAAGGUUCAACAAAGCAAGAAAAGGGAGCAUCCUCCUUGCAGUCACCGGAGAGCGUAUCGCAUUUGGGUCCAGAGAGUACAACACUAUUAUCUACCUCUACAGAGAGCAGUGAUAUUGCCGCAAGCAUGGUGGAGAAAAGUGGUGCUAACAAUCCCAAACCUCCUGCCGCCUCAGUGACACAACGUGAUUCCAAUGGAGAUAAUGGCCCCGCUGCUCUGCCAGCCAGCAACACCGAAUUGUUAUCACAGGAAUUACCCAGCGCUGGUAUAGUUGCUAAGACAAAUGAUGACGGCGACGACAGCAGCCCUGCAGCUCCUACUGCUGAAAGGACUACCGCUGGCACAAGAAGCACUCAAGCCUCUGGUGAUGCGAGUGACCUUGAACGAGCUAAUAAAGACGACGUAAAUAGUGACGUGGUACACAACAGUAAGACCGCAGAAUUUGAAGCCGCCUCAGGAGACAGGGACACUGAGGCAGAUAAGGAUGAGAGAUACACAACAGUACCAGAGAACGCCACCAAUAAAACAAGCAAUACAGAGACCACAGCAGACAGCGCCGGCAGCACCGCGGUCUCCCACACCACCUCCCCUCUUUUGCUUCUUCUUGUUGUUGCGUGUGCGGCUGCUGCUGCGGUGGCCGCGUGA